AAAAAUAUUGCGUUUUUAUCGCUACAACAGACAACCUAAUAUUUUGCUUCAACAAAAAAAUUUAUAAAACAUAAAAAUGGCUUUCGAAGGUGGAAGAGGUGGUGGUAGAGGCGGUGGCCGUGGUGGAUUUGGUGGUGGCAGAGGAGGUUCUCGUGGAGGAUUCGGUGGUGGUGAUAGAGGUGGCCGUGGUGGUGGUUUCGGUGGUGGCCGUGGAGGCGGUAGAGGUGGAUUUGGUGGCGAUAGAGGAGGAUUUGGUGGUGAUAGAGGUGGAAGAGGUGGUGGCCGUGGUGGUGGUCGUGGUGGUGCCAGAGGUGGUGGUAGAGGUGGAGCAAGAGGUGGCGGUAGAGGUGGUGGCCGUGGAGGAUUCGGUGGUGCUGCAGGUGCUGCUGGUAAGAAGGUCAUUGUCGAACCACAUCGUUUUGAAGGAGUUUAUGUCGUCAAGGGUAGAGAUGAAUCAAUUGCCACAUUGAAUAUGGUCCCAGGUGAAUCUGUUUAUGAUGAAAAGAGAGUUACUGUCGAAAAGGGAUUCGGUGAUAGCGUCCAAAAAGUUGAAUACAGAAUUUGGAAUCCAUUCCGUUCCAAGUUGGGAGCUGGUAUCAUUGGUGGUGUUGAAAACAUUUAUAUCAAGCCAGGUACUAAAUUAUUGUAUUUGGGUGCUGCUUCUGGUACAACAGUUUCUCACUGUUCUGACUUGGUUGGUCCAGAAGGUAUGGUUUAUGGUGUUGAAUUAUCCGAAAGAUGUGGACGUGAUUUAAUUGAAAUGUCAAAGAAGAGACCUAACAUUGUUCCAAUCAUAGAAGAUGCUCGUCAUCCUUUGAGAUACAGAAUGUUGGUUGGUUCUGUUGAUACUGUCUUUGCUGACGUUGCCCAACCUGAUCAAGCUCGUAUUGUUGCUUUGAAUGCUAAGUAUUUCUUAAAGCCAGGUGGCAAAUUCGUCAUUUCCAUCAAGGCUAAUUGUAUAGAUUCAACAGUUGAAGCUGAAGUUGUCUUUGCUAGAGAAGUUGAACAAUUGCAACAAUUCGGUUUUACUUGUGAAGAACAAUUGGACUUGGAACCUUUCGAACGUGAUCACUGUUUGGUAGUUGGUACCUUGAAUAAUGGUGAUUGCAUACAAUUUUAAUUCCACUCAUUACUAAAUUUUAUAAAAACACAAUAUUCUAAA